AAUAAUAUAGUUUAUUACAAAGAUGGCAAAGAAAACAAAGAAUGCUAUGACUCUUCACAAAGUGAUUAUGGUUGGAUCCGGUGGUGUAGGAAAAUCAGCCUUGACACUCCAAUACAUGUACGGUGACUUUGUAGAAGAAUACGACCCAACCAAGGCAGAUUCCUACCGCAAGAAGAUCAUGUUGGAUGGUCAUGAAUGCGACAUUGACAUUCUAGACACAGCCGGACAAGAAGAAUAUGCAGCUAUUCGCGACAAUUACUAUCGAUCUGGUGAAGGAUUUCUUUGUGUAUUUUCAGUCUGUGAAUACGAAUCGUUUGAACAUGCCCAAGAGUUUAGAGACCAGAUUCUCCGUGUAUUAGAUGAUGACACCAUUCCAUUUAUCCUGGUAGGAAACAAGGUUGAUUUGGAACAUCUACGCAAAGUAACGACCGAAGAAGCCCAACAGCUUGCCCAGGAGUGGAAUUGCAAUUACAUGGAAACAUCAGCCAAGACACGAUACAACGUAGAAAAUGUCUAUACAAUGUUGAUGCGACAAAUAAGAGAUCGCAAAGAACAAAUGUCAAUGACAGACUCAAGAUCAAAGAAAGGAAAAUGUAUCAUUCUAUAGACAACUUGCAAAAUAAUAAUUAUAAAAAAUAAUAAUAACAAGCACAACAAUAAUCACAUUAACCGC